GACUACUGAGGGUUCAAAUCCUGCCCCCUCUCCCACAAGGCCUCCCGCCCCCUGGAGCUUCACAAGGCUGCCGUCUGCAGCCGGUGACAACCCCUGGACUGGGGGGAGUACCAGGGCAUUGAAACUUGGCUUGGAAAUAGAUGGAACCUCAGGCCUGCCAGAGCCCCACCCCUACACCGGGAAGUUGGGGGCAGACACGAUGCAGCCCCCACCCCACGCGGCCCAAUGCUGGACAUGCAGGCGUCCAUGGGGCACCCUGCUUACUAAACCCGGCAUACUUGUUUUGACAACCCACUCAUCUUCAAGGAUUGAGGGUGAUCAGGGAAAGGCGGGGUGGGACCCUGGCCAGACCUGGAGACAAGGGAAGGGAUUGAAGCAAGGGGUGCUGGGCCACAGGGCCCCACAGGAAUGUUUGGGGGUGAGCCGAGAGGCUGUGGGGAAGUCUGAGGCCAGCUUGCAAUCCUCGUUCCAAUAGGCAGGCUGGCACUGGGCCACCAGGAAGAGGGGAAGGGGGGAAAAAGGGAAGACCCUCGGGGCUGGGUGUUGGUGUGCAGACCCGGGUGGAGUAGGGGAGCCACUGUCCUGGUGACUCGGGGCAGACCUGAGCACCUGUGGGCUCCUUGGGUGUCUGUGCUGGGAGCCGGCUGUGGUGGUGAAGGUGUGGUUGUGUGCAUCUCGGGGGUUGGGUAGGACUGUGCAUCUUAUCAGAGUGUUGAUGGCUCGUGACGCGGUGAGGGAGGGCUGUGUUGUGGGUGAGGGAUGUGAUCGCUGGCUCUGUGUUCCAGGGCAACCGCAGGUGUAACUGGCAGUGUCUGGUGGUGGAGAGUGCAAUGGAGUGACUGUGUCAAGGUGUCCUGGGAUGUGGGUGUGUGUGUCUUAGGGUGCUGUUGUUUCUGGGGCAAGGAGGGGUGCCUGGCUAGGUCUCGGGGUGUUCAGGGGUAUUAGGGUAUGUCUCAGGGUAUUGCUGUUUCCUGGGUGGGGGUGCUGGCUAGGUCUCGAGGUGUCUAGGGAUGCAGGUGUGUAUGUCUCAGGGCGUUGCUGUUUUGGGGUGAGGGUGGGGGUGGCCAGCUAGGUCUCUGGUGUCCAGGGGCAGGGGGUGUCACUUCUGGUGCCUUAGGUGUACGGAGUGUGCCGGCGGGGCCUAUCUGGGAUUGUUGGGGGGUCAUUACAAGUCAUACAGAGUGUGACCAGGGGCAGUUUUGGCAAUGUGUGUGUGUGCGCGCGCACGUGUAUCUGUCUCUCGAUGCCAAGUGAGACCCUGUUUCCCAGCACUAAGGAGGGUGAUGUGGGUGGUCAUCUCAGAGGGCUGCAUUUUGGGGUGUUGAGGGGAGGGGCUGGAAUUGAGGUAGUGACUCUGGGUGUGUCCCGGCGCUGGGGGUAAGACCCUGAGUUCAGGGAUGUGGUGGCAGCAAGCUGGCUGUGCUGAGAUGGGGACAGGAUGACACUGAGUGGUAAGUGACGGGAUUGUCUUAGGGUGUGAGGCCGCCAGCGUGGCCCUACUCAGGGCAGAAGGGCGAGUCUUUGUGGCUUAGGACGUGUGUCCCAGGUGUCACUCAGCCCAUCUUAAAGCAGGAGCCAGACACUGGGGAGAGUCCCCAGGUCGCCAGGCCUCCUGGUUCCCCUGCCCCCUUUCAGCCGCCUCCUCUCGCCUCCCAGGAUAUGACUCGCUGUGGCCCUAGCCGGGGCUUAAGCCCCUAUAUAAAUAGUAGGCGGAUCCCCUGGCCAGGCUGGGCCUGACCCAAGCCAGUCUGCCCAAGGCCCUGCCCACCAGCACCUACCCCAAUGUCCAUGAAGGCUUUAGCAGGGCAGGGGGGCAUUGCUGCCCCCAAAGAAUUGGAGUUAGCCCCCCUAGUCCCAAAGCUCUAGGGAGGGGGGCAGUGGCACCCCCUGCAGCUGCCCCAGCCUGCCCCAGACGACACUCACAUUUUCCAGUGUUUAGAUUUUAUCCACUUUAUUAAUGAGGCAAGAGGCCCGAGCCUCGGGGGAAGGGGGCUACUCCCGCCCUGCUGGGAGGAGGGGGUCACAGGGGGCCAGAACGACUCCAGAGAGCCUCCCUCCUCAUGGAGGGAGCCGCUGGGGCCCAGAGUGGCCCCCAUCCAUUGCCAGGAGCAGAGAGGGGGGUCCCUGCCACUCCAGGCCCCAAGCGGGCGUGCGCGGGGUGGAGCGGCCCCUGGAGGCCAGCAAGGGCGGCGGGAGGAGCCGAGGAGCCGCCCCAGGAAGAGGGAGGGAGGAAGCGGCCUGCCGGAGAGCCAGGGCGCAGUGGGCAGCAGGGCUGAGCGGCCGGUGAUGGGGACCCCGCAUCCCAGGCAGUGCUGGCACUCCCGGCGCCUGACAUGAGCCCUUGCGGGCCCCUCAACCUGAGCCUGGCGGGCGAGGCGACCACAUGCGCGGCGCCCUGGGUCCCCAACGCGUCGGUUGUGCCGCCGUCGGGCGCUUCGCCCGCGCUGCCCAUCUUCUCCAUGACGCUGGGCGCCGUGUCCAACCUGCUGGCGCUGGCGCUGCUGGCGCAGGCCGCGGGCCGCCUGCGACGCCGCCGCUCGGCCGCCACCUUCCUGCUGUUCGUGGCCAGCCUGCUGGCCACCGACCUGGCAGGCCACGUGAUCCCGGGCGCGCUAGUGCUGCGCCUGUACACUGCGGGGCGCGCUCCGGCCGGCGGGGCCUGCCACUUCCUGGGCGGCUGCAUGGUCUUCUUCGGCCUGUGCCCGCUGCUGCUGGGCUGCGGCAUGGCGGUGGAGCGCUGCGUGGGCGUCACGCGGCCGCUGCUCCACGCCGCGCGGGUCUCGGUCUCCCGCGCGCGCCUGGCGCUGGCCGCGGUAGCUGCAGUGGCCUUAGCCGUCGCGCUGCUACCGCUGGCGCGCGUGGGCCGCUACGAGCUGCAGUACCCCGGCACGUGGUGCUUCAUCGGCCUGGGUCCCUCGGGCGGCUGGCGCCAGGCACUGCUCGCCGGCCUCUUCGCCGGCCUCGGCCUGGUCGCUCUCCUCGCCGCGCUGGUGUGCAACACCCUCAGCGGCCUGGCCCUGCUACGCGCCCGCUGGCGACGCCGCUCCCGAGGGCCUCCCCCGGCCUCGGGCCCCGACAGCCGGCGUCGCUGGGGGGCGCGCGGACCCCGCUCGGCCUCCGCCUCGUCCGCCUCAUCCAUCGCUUCAGCCUCCACAGCCUUUGGCGGCUCCCAGAGCCGCGGCUCGGCACGCAGAGCUCGCAGCCACGACGUGGAGAUGGUGGGCCAGCUUGUCGGUAUCAUGGUGGUGUCGUGCAUCUGCUGGAGCCCAAUGCUGGUGUUGGUGGCGCUGGCCGUCGGGGGCUGGAGUUCUACCUCCCUGCAGCGGCCACUGUUCCUGGCCGUGCGCCUUGCCUCCUGGAACCAGAUCCUGGACCCUUGGGUGUACAUCCUGCUGCGCCAGGCCGUGCUGCGCCAACUGCUUCGCUUCCUGCCCCCGAGGGCCGGGGCCAAGGGCGGCCCCGCGGGGCUGGGCCUAACCCCGAGCGCCUGGGAGGCCAGCUCGCUGCGCAGCUCCCGGCACAGCGGCCUCAGCUACUUCUAAGCACAACCGGAGGCCCAACGACGAAGCCAACCCACCCUGGGGCCGGGCCCAGGUGCGCGGCGAAGAGCCUUUGAGGAAUAAAAAGCCAUUCUACGAGCCC